ACUCCAUCAUCUCAUGUUGUAAUGAGCCCUUGUGCUGCAUGUAAAACCCUAAGGCGUAAAUGUGCAGACAAAUGCUUGUUGGCACCAUACUUUCCUCCCACUGACCCACUCAAGUUCACCACUGCUCAUCGCAUUUUCGGCGCCAGCAACGUCAUCAAGGUCUUACAGGAACUUCCGGAGUACGAGAGGGCAGACGCGGUGAGUAGCAUGGUGUACGAGGCGAAUGCGAGGGUGAGAGAUCCUGUUUAUGGAUGUACCGGAUUGAUUUGUCAACUUCAGAAGCAAGUCAUUGAGCUCCAAGCACAAUUAGCUAUGGCACAAUCCGAGAUCGUCACAAUGCACAUGCAAUGCGAGCAACCAAACCUCGACGCCGGACUGAUUUGCUCGGAAAUGACACAACAAUCAUCACAACAAAAUUUCAUAUCAUGUACUACUACUACUCCACAGAGUUUCCAAAGUAAUCCCAACUACUAUAACAAUCAAGGCUAGCUCAUUUUUGGGGCGGCCUCAAUAUUGGACAUGAUCAUCCAUCAUCGAUCAAAUUAUAUUAUCUUCUAUGUUAUAUAUCGAUCAUAUAUAUGGCUCUGUGUCCUAGGCGGGAAAUUUUCUAUUCAAAUCUCCUAAUGGCGAUAAUAUUGGGCAGGCGAAAUUGGAGAAUAUAUAUUUGAUGAAAGAAAGUUUUUAUUUAUUUUUAUUUUUUUAUUUUUUUAAUGAAUAAUUUGGUGUAUAUAUGGUAAUGGUAGUGGGAACUAAAUUUAAUAUUUGGGUGAACAAAUUAAGAGGUGUAAGAUAGCUUGGUUACUGUCGUUUUCUAAAGCUAGUCGUGGAGUUGAUAGAUGUUUUCAUUUUCAUUUAUGUGUUAUGUUUCAAUAUUGGA